UUUAAAAAUCGAUGUUGCUUUUAUAUUUACAUUAUCCAAAGCAUUACAUUACAUUAACCAAAGGGCUUGAGUUUAAUUUUAUCUCGUCAAAAUGAAACUCGCUUCGCAAUUUUGGCACAAAGUCUGUGGUCAUUAUCGCACAAGUCGUGGGUUGCAUAUUCCACCAGUUGAAAAGAGUGAAUCGAAUGACCAAUUGAGGGACAAACUCGAGCACACUGAAGAGGUAAUAAAACGGGCCAUGACUUUGUAUAAGCCAAAUGAGAUGAUGCUGUCCUUUAAUGGUGGAAAGGAUUGCACAGUCUUGCUGGAUAUUUUGGCCAGGAUGACGCCACCCUCGAUGCCACUAGGAGCGGUUUACGUGAAGUCUGCAAAUCCAUUCGAGGAGCUGGAGAAGUUCGUGGAUGAUUCUGUGCAGCGCUAUGGACUUCAGCUGAGGCGAUACGAAGGAGUCCUUAAGGUUGCCUUUGAGCAGCUAAUAGCCGAGGAUUCCCAGGUGAAGGCCAUCUUCCUCGGCUGCCGGCGCAGCGAUCCUGAAAGCUGCAAUCUAUACGAGCUGGAGCCUACUAACAACGGAUGGCCAGCGAUGAUGCGGAUCUUUCCGCUGCUUGAGUGGAGCUACCACGACAUUUGGAGUUAUUUGCGCUCCAACAAUCUGCCCUACUGCUGCCUCUACGAUCAGGGCUACACAUCUUUGGGAGAUCGCAGCUCAACGCGGGUCAAUCCCAGUCUGCUGGCUUACGACGAAAAGCUGGACAAGAUGACCUAUCGACCGGCCUACGAAUUGGAGGAUGAGCGCCUGGAGCGGUUCAACAGGGAUGAGCAUGGCCAGGCCUCAGUCAGCGGAUCCAAACAAUAAUCAUUGGCCAAAGUUCAGGUCAAGCUCAAAGUUUCUGGCUCUGCUCUUGACUUGAUUUUCUUUUCAUUUUUUCCCGACCCAAAACGAGACAAAGUGGAGCAGCAAGUGUCAGCUAACUGGGCCGACAAUUCUUCGCUGAGACCCCAUUUCAUUUGU